UGGUCAUGGGAUAGAAAGAAGUCAGAUGGCAUAAUAUUUACUCUUUCUCUUUAGGAUUAUAUAUUUUUUUCCUACUUUUUAGUGGAAUAUAGGCUUGCUUUCGUACUCAUGCCAAACUGUAGUUGCUGUAAUGGUCUUAUUUACAUCAGUAGUCAGACUAAAGUAGUCAAAAAUAUUCAUGCUUUGGAAAAAGAUCCUGGCAACAAGGAGGCAGAAUACUAAUGGUAUUACAAAUAACCAUGAAGCUGAUGGUCUUAGUCACAAUACAGCUUUACCAGAGCCGGUGGCAAGACAGCUUUAUUCUGGAGAACCACAUCCCAUAACGAAGGCAGAGACUCAGCGUAAUUGUAUGUCAGAUAAAAGGCAUCAUAAAAAUAAGCCUAAUAUUCUGCCCACACAUAAUUAUACUCCUCUGACUUUGCUGCAUACUGUAGUUUGAAGACUGUGAGACUGUAAAUACACAUAAGAAUAUUUUUUUUCAGAUUACUCUUACUCUGGCUUGCUCAGUGCCCCAGGCCAGUGCCAGUUCUUCUGUGCGUGAUUUGUGUACUGUCUGCUAUUCUUGUCCUUAGUGAAUAAUAAUCACAGAAAUAUCUGGUGAUUCUCUAGAGAGAAAGCAAACUUGGCGUUAGUAAUUGAUAAAAGGACUGUAUUUAGCAGUUUAUUUUGUGUUGGUGCGGCCCCACCUCAAGAACUGUGUGCAGUUUUGGGCCCCACAAUUUAAGAAGAAUGUGAAGGUCCCUGAAUGUGUUCAGGGGAGGACAACAAAGCUGGUGAAAGGACUGGAAGAAAUGUCCUGUGAAGAGUCACUGAGGACUUUGGGUUUGUCUAGUUUGGACAAAAGGAGGCUGAGGGGAGACCUCAUUGCUCUCUGCAGCUUCCUGAGGAGAGGACGUGGAGAGGGAGGUGCUGAACUCUUCUCUCUGGGAUCCAUCCAGUGAUUUGACAUGUAGGAAUGGUUCAAAGCUGCACCAGGGAAGGUUUAGACUGGACAUCAGGAAGCACUUUUUUACCGAGAGAGUGGUCAGACACUGGAACAGGCUUCCUAGAGAGGUGGUUGAUGCCCCAAACCUGUCAGUGUUUAGAGGCAUUUGGACAAUGCCCUUAAUAACGUGCUUUAGCUUUUGGUCAGCCCUGAACUGGUCGGGUAGUUGGAGCAGAUGAUCACUGUAAGUCCCUUCCAACUGAAAUAUUCUCCUCUCCUCAGUGCUAACCAUGAUAGCUCCAAGAGGGAACCACAGGGGUUACUGAGAGUGUGCUCUGCAUGGGGACGCUACUGUUGGGAGACAAACGGAACGGGGACAGGAAUUGUGCAUCUUUGCUGGAGAUAACUUGGAUAACUGUGUCAGAGUUUUCUUUGGGAUUAAUACAUAGAACGUUGAAAUCAAUACAAGUCUUUCAGUCUAAUUAAGGAAGGUUGGCAUCAGGGCCCCUUUUUUUCAGUUACCAAUUUGGAAAUGUACCCUUUCCCUUUUAAAGUACAUGAAACCCAAAAGAGCUUAAGAUUUGUGUGACUUAAUCAGUAUUUUGUUCAUGAUGCCGUAUGAACUCCACAGAUUAUCUCCAAUGAUGAUGGCUUCUGCCGACCUAUAGGUGAAACUGGUGAUCACUGUCAAGAUAAGAAGGAUCUUUCUCUGUAGUAGUUUCCCUUCCUGGAAAUCAGGCUUUCAAGGCUUCAGGGGGAAGAAGGGAAGUGCAUGUUCAGUUAUUCCUCUUGCUAUUUUUUGCUAAUGGGUACAUUUCUAAGGAUAUUGUGUAUUACAGAAGUCCUCGACAAGACUUUAAGAUUUGCUAAUUGGGUUGAUGUAUAUGUCCAAAACCAGUUUGUGUUCUUUGUCAGUGAUUAUGAUUUUUUUGUGAACACCAUUUUGAUACUCAGGAUGGCAGCAACUAAAUACAAUGUUGUUACUAUUCAGGAGAAAAGCACAGAGCCUGGAUCUUCAUUGUUGUUCUUAGCAGUUUUUCUGUGCAUUCCUUAAUAGUGAGAAAAUGCAUAGGUGACUAUAGUGCAAGAAGAAAAAUCAACAAAGCACCACAACACCCAGACCAAAAAGCCCCACAAUUCAAGGAGUGGUUAUGUACGGGUAUUUUAGGAUGUGUGUUCAUAGCCACCCGUGUGGAUGACUGGAUUUUAAUUACUCAAUAUAGUUACUUGUGGGACUGAAGCAUGGGGCCCUGCUGCUCCGGAGAUAGGGUUCCCCACACAGCAGGGCGGGCAGCCAGCAGCCUCCUCCGCAGGUGGGGGGGGCGUGCUGGUACCCCAGCUGCGCUGUGGGGCUCUUCCUUCCCCAUUCGACUGCUACGUAAGAUCCAGUAGUCUCUGAGCUGGUCUUGCUGUGGCUUUUUUAUGUGUCUUUAAAGCGCAUUUUUUUCGGAGUUCCAACACCAGAUGCAUCUUGUGGAAGUUGUGUUUUGAAAUAAUACCUCUAUUUUUUUUUGGUUGCUGGUUGGUUGAUGUCUUUUGGGUCCUUACCAUGCAGCUUUAAUAUCCCAAUUUGGUGCUCUGGAAGUUAAUGAAGUAUGUAAGAUUCUAAGUCCUCUGCCAAAACAACAACAAGCUGUCGGACACCUCAGAGGCUCUGCCCGUUCCAGGCCGGGCCGUGGGCGCAGUGGAGCGGGAGCCCCGCACCCCCCCGCGCCAGUGGAGCGGCGGGCGCUGCUCGGGCUGAUCGCCGGCGGGGAGGCCGCAGAGGUGGUUAGACAGGAUGACUCCAGUGAACCAGCCAAAGGACAAGAAGCACGAGAGGGCACAUGAGCAUUGUCCGGAAGAGGCAAAAUCAGCUGGGAAGAGGAAACUGGAAUACGAGCAACUAGGGAAUGAGCCACAAGCAAAGAGGUUGUUUGUGAGAAAAACAUCCAAACCCCCAGAGAAAAUCGGUUGGAGUAGAGGUGGGUCUGUGGUGAGAAACAACAAAGUCCUUUUCCAUCAGCUGGAGCGACAGCGCAGCAUUGUUCAUUAUGUCUACCAGAACAUGCUGGGAGGCUCCAUUCGGGCACAGCUCAGGCAGUGUCUGCAGCUGCCAUUCCUGCGUUCUCUUGCCUCAUACCGCCUCUUUCGAACAGCAAGUCCCUUUGACAGGAGAGUGACAUGCCUGGAAUGGCAUCCAACACACCCCAGUACUGUAGCUGUUGGUUCCAAAGGUGGAGACAUUAUCCUUUGGGACUAUGAAGUACUUACUAAAACCUGCUUCAUCAAAGGGAAAGGGCCAGGAGAUUCUCUCGGAGACAUGAAGUUCAGUCCUUAUGAGGCAGUGAAGCUUUAUGUGGCAUCAGGGGAUGGUACCCUAAGUCUGCAGGACCUUGAGGGCAGAGCUGUGCAGGUGAUCUCCCAUGCCCCGGACUGUGGCCAUGAGCACCAUAAUGUUUGUUGCUGGUACUGCAGCGUUGAUGUUUCUGCAAGCUGCCGUGCAGUGGUGACAGGUGAUAAUUUGGGCAAUGUGGUCCUGCUCAGCACUUCUGGUGAAAAGAUUUGGAAGCUGAAAUUGCACAGGAAGAAGGUGACUCAUGUGGAGUUUAACUCCCGAUGUGAGUGGUUGAUGGCCACAGCAUCUGUAGAUCAGACAGUGAAAAUCUGGGACCUCAGAAACAUCAAAAACAAAAUGAAUUUUCUUCACGUACUUCCUCAUGACAAACCUGUUAAUGCAGCUUACUUCAGCCCAACAGAUGGUGCCAAGCUCCUAAGCACAGACCAGCGCAGUGAAAUCAGGGUUUAUUCAUCUUCAGACUGGACCAAGCCACAGCAUCUGAUCCCACACCCACAUCGUCAGUUUCAGCACCUCACGCCUAUUAAGGCAACAUGGCAUCCUCGCUAUGACCUCAUUGUAGCAGGUCGCUACCCAGACCCUAAGUUCCCAGGGUACACAGUGAACGAGCUACGAACUGUUGAUGUAUUUGAUGGAAACACUGGGGAGAUGGUUUGUCAGCUCCAUGAUCCAAAUGCUUCUGGUAUCAUUUCGCUCAAUAAAUUUAACCCUAUGGGAGACACGCUGGCUUCUGGCAUGGGUUUUAAUAUUCUGAUCUGGAGCCGGGAGGAGAUGGUGGCCAAGAAGCAAGAACAUCUUUUGAAAACCAUGACAGAACAGGGGAUUGGAAGCUGGAGUUUGUCCAGACGUGGAGGGCAGAGGCAGGCAAACCCUGGGACAAGCAAACUCAAAGCUAAUUUACUGCCUUGGGAGCUGGAGGAGCCGAGAACAAAAAACAAUGAUUCCAAAUCACAGGGAAGGAAGCGAAAAGGGAAGGAUCUAGAGAAGUGAUUUAGUAUGUUGAUCCUUUCUGGAUCACAGGGUACAAAUUCAGUGUUGGCAAUGGGCAGUAUAAGCCGUGCAGGGCAUUAGACUUCUACUUUGUCCUUCCUCCCUGGAUCUGAUCGUGCUUCCCUGAUUCCCUUUGCUUCCCCUUCUAGAAAGUUCUGUCAGUACUCAGUUCCUCCUCCAAGUGGAGUUACCACACAUUUUCCGAGGCAGUAGGAAAACUUCUGAGAUGUUUUCAGAUCCUGCUGAAGUUGCUGCUUCCAGCCUGCCGCAUCUGCUUGUCAUCACUUGUCAGAGGUUCCCAUCUCCUGUAGUCUGCUGUGGAGCAGCUCACAACAGGGUCCCCAGCUUGUUCUAGCCAAACUGAGCUAAGAAACCCUUUGCUAACAAGGUUAAUGUCUUGAAAAGGUAGAAUGUUCUCUGGGCUGAGGUGAGGGGUAGCUUGGGUAGCUUAAGAAACACCAGCCUCUCCCAUAUGCAAGCUUCUUUGGAAAAUGCACAUCUGUCAAGACCUCAGGCUUAGAGAAUCUGUGCUUGCAGCUAUUUAACUAGACCACGAAGAACAUGACGAUGCCAGAACUCUUCACCUUGCAUGGGAUGCAAGGGCAGCAUGGAGCUGGCAAUCUGGUGAUUCUGUAGUUUCCAUUUUCAGAGCUCUAGGCUUUUUCUUGCCACUGAUUAGGUAAUUUUUUUUCACUUGUGCCUAUGUGCUUCAGAAGGUUGGAUAAAAAUGUUGCAAAACAGAAAUGAGGAAUUUCUUCUAAACACCGCUGCUCAGAGCCAAAUCUCAAGACUGCUGUUAAACUGAAAAGUUUUGCUUCUUCUAGUUUGUUUACAAGGCUGCCUGGGACCUUGCUGGUGUCCCAGAGGUUGAUGGAUGGGAUGGGCUCCAGGCCUGCUCAGAUUCUCAAUGUUCACUUUUAUAGUUUUGCAGUAUUGAUAUUAAUAAAGUUUUAUACUGAAGUGAAA